GUCGGAUACAUUUCUUAGCCUAUUUUCUAAUACAUCAAAUGUAAUGUUUGUAAAACUGAGUUGUAAAUAAGGACGUUUGUAGUGAACAUUGUUUAGUAUCGCCCUUCCUUGACCUGGAGGAGAGGCGUCUCACUCGAGGUGACGUCAGUGAGGCAGAGAUGUCAUGGCGUCUUUGGAGCACAAGCAAAGGCUGCAGUCUAGAUAGAGAACAGGUACGGCGCGAAUCGACAUGGAGAAAAGAACGAAUCUACAUCGGGAUCUUGGAGGAGGCGCUCCAUGCUCGACUAUGCUCGGAGAAACGAGCGACAUGAACGCACCUGAUUCGGCGAAGGGAGCUGUUGACGGAUGCACGGAAAACGAUCCUUCGCUCCGUACUCUGGUGGAGAGGAGCGGCGUCGCCGGAGCGGGCUCUGCCGGUGCCCUGCACGCGGUCCACAAGUCAGAUAUCCGGCUGGACCCGUAUGAUUCCCUCACGGAUGACAACACGGACGCCCCGUCCAGCAGCAGUGUGCCGGAGAAGGUGGGGGAAGCAGGAGCAGGAGGUGAGCUGAGUAACGGGAUGGAACCGAGUGUGGCUCCGGGUUGCAGGAGCGGUGACGGCUCGGAGUUGGUCAGCGAAACUGAUGGAGGUCCUGCACUUACCGCCCGGAGUGCAGACGUGCAGAGUGGCCUGUCGAGCUGCGAGCCUCCGGAGCGGACCAGGAUGCAGCCGCCCGUGGAUCUCUGUCCCGAAGUACCAAGUUUAGUCACCGUGGUCGACUCUGAGGAGUUUGUCUCCGGCGACCGCGUCCCGUCGUUUGCGGGGCCGCCCAGCUGCAGCGACCCGAGCCCUGCCGUGGACUCCAGGAGCUUCGACUCCUUGGACUCGUUCUCGAACCUGAACUCGUGCCCGAGCUCUGACCUCAACAGCGAGGGGCCGGAGGACAGGGCGCUCGCGGCCGCCCUGCAGGGCGACGUGCCAGGGCCCGACGGAGCAAAACUGGCGUGCGGCAAAGAGCGUGCGCCCGGACAGUCCGUCUACCACAUCAAAUGGAUCCGCUGGAAGGAGGAGAACACGGCCAUCAUCACGCAGAACGAGAACGGGCCGUGCCCGCUGCUCGCCAUCAUGAACGUGCUCCUGUUGGCCUGGAAGGUUAAGAUGCCGCCAAUGAUGGAGAUCAUAACAGCCGAGCAACUGAUGGAGUAUCUUGGUGAUUACAUUCUUGAUGCCAAACCGAAGGAGAUCUCGGAGGUCCAGAGACUGAACUAUGAGCAGAACAUGAGCGAUGCCAUGGCGGUCCUGCACAAGCUGCAGACGGGACUGGACGUCAAUGUCAAGUUCACAGGGGUACGUGUCUUCGAGUACACACCAGAGUGCAUCGUUUUUGACCUUCUGGACAUCCCGCUCUACCAUGGCUGGCUGGUGGACCCCCAGAUGGAUGAUAUAGUGAAGGCAGUGGGUAACUGCAGCUAUAACCAGCUGGUGGAGAAGAUCAUCUCCUGCAAGCAGUCAGAGAACAGCGAGUUGGCUGGUGAAGGCUUCUUAGCAGAGCAGUUCCUGAACAACACAGCCACGCAGCUCACGUACCACGGGCUGUGCGAGCUGACUUCCAGCGUGCAGGAGGGCGAGCUCUGCGUCUUCUUUAGAAACAACCAUUUCAGUACCAUGACCAAAUUUAAGGGCCAGCUCUACCUACUGGUGACGGACCAGGGCUUUCUGACUGAGGAGAAGGUGGUGUGGGAGAGCCUGCACAAUGUUGACGGGGAUGGCAACUUCUGCGACUCUGAGUUUCGCCUUCGGCCACCCUCGGACCCAGAGACCGUGUACCGCGGUCAGCAGGACCAGAUUGACCAGGAUUACCUGAUGGCCCUUUCGCUGCAGCAGGAGCAGCAGAGCCAGGACUUGAACUGGGAACAGAUCCCGGAGGGCAUCAGCGACCUUGAGCUGGCAAAGAAGCUGCAGGAGGAGGAGGACCGCCGGGCCUCCCAGUUUUACCAAGAGCAGGAGCAGGCGGCACAGGUACAGCAGCAGCAGCAGCAAGUGUGGGGUGAUGCAGGGGCGGCAGCAGACACGGCGGCGGCAGAUGCCCCGGGGGCGACGGCUGGCGGUGCAGCCUCCAGCCCGGGCAAACAGUCCAGCGCUGGGGACCGCAAACACAAGAAGGAAGCUAAGGACAAAGACAAGUGUGUCCUGUUGUAACAGCAGUGAGACGGGGAGCACGGGGAGAUGUACGUUCAACUGACGCCUGAUGCACAGCUCCCCACAGGAGGUCGCAAAAUACGAGAAGAAAGCAAGGGAGGGGGGCAUUUAAAAAGUCCACAUGCCGCCGGUGCCUGAUACCCUUUUUACCCCUGAAGGGUUAAUACUACAACUAUUACUACAUAUUUAUAGAGCUGGCCAAACUUUGUUACAAGCCACAGAGUACACUACAUUGGGAAUGGAUGGUCUAAUGCAGAGGCGUUUGUAUAUUUUAUAGCAAAAUGAAAAAGCGAACAAGCUAGAAAAGAAUGAAGUAAAUCCACACCUUCAUAACAUUUCGUUUUCUAAAGAAAGCGUUCAUCUUUAUUUUUAUUUCAGGCAGUAAAUAAGCUAUUUUGUAUACAGGGACAUAGAGCACAUGUAAGAACAGCUAUGGUGAUUUAUUUCUCUUUUUAAAAAUCGGUUUAUUAUUUCGUUGACAAGAACUCGGCCGGGGCUGUAUGGUUGCCAAGGUGAUGGCGCUUGGCCGCAGGUCCUUGUUGCGUGGAGCGCUUGGUUCAUUUGAAGACAACAGUUCUAAGGAGACACAAAGUGACAAGCUGUUUGGCGCCUCUUUCAGUCUUAAAAAGGUGAGGAACUAACCUUCCCCCCCCCUCCUGCCCUUCCCCCUUCACUGCUUAAGGGUUUCAGUGUAUGUUUACAAGUUUCUGUACACUAAGGGAUUUGAUAAAAAUGGCCAGUAGGGAGGUGGUAUGGUAGGCCAUUCCAUCCCACCAACAGCAGUGCUGCAUCAGUAGGAAACAUUAGUCCCCUGUCCUGCAGCUGCUAACGGCAAGGCCCCCAAAGGGCCAUGCAGUCCACUUGCCUCCCUCACCUGCUGCUGCGGCUUUUUCACACAUCUACACGGGCAUUGAUUUCAGCUUCGGGGAGAGGGUUCUGCUCCAUAAUCCCCGAGACCAGUCUGACCCAGGCCUGCCUUACUGCAACACGCAUGCCACUGUGUGACAGUCUGUACCUGCCCAGUGCGUGCCUGCGUAUGUGUGCAUAAAGUGUACAUACAUGUAUGUGGCUUUGAUUGCACUUAGUGAAUGCCUGUGUUUCAUCACUAGUCUCAUUCUUUGUGUGUAACUGAUCUCAGCUCUAGGAUGCACGUUUGUCAAUGGGCACUUAAUACAGGAAGGGUAGACUAGUUCUAGAUGGUUGACCUGUCUGCACUCGUACACCCUGAGAGCCGCAAGAAAUCACACAUACAUGUAUUAGGGAAGCAUUGCUUUAAAGAAGUCAUUGUUAUCGGAGCGGAGCAUUCUGUCAAAGAACUUUAAACUAAAGGGUCGCUGAGCACUGCGAUGAAGGCGGGUGUCUCCUGCACAGUCAGGCCCUUCAUCCCUGCUCUAUGAAUGUGCAGGCUGCAGAGAUUUGUCUUCCCACAUUUAGCUGUUCAGAACACCAGACCUGGAAAACACACACUCGCCCCCAACUGUCAGCUUUGUGGGGUUGCAUUUCAAAUCCAGCUUUAAAAGCUUGAUUGCCUUUCAGUGUCUGUAGAGUGUCCCUCCAUUUUAUAUUUUAAACAUAUAUGUAUAUGUUCACUUUAUAUAAAUGUGUGUGUGUGUGUAUGUAUAAAUAUAUAUAAAUAGUACUGCCAGAUCCUGAGCAACUUAUUCUUUAUCUAUACAUUCCAGCUGAAUGCCUUGACUGAUAUUCCGGAGCAGUGUAAAGGUGAAUUACCUCCACUCUCGUACAAGAAUAGAUUCAGUUCUUUGUACCUGUCUGGGCUAUGGAUGCUGUGUCCACAGCCCUAAUGGACUCUGUAUAUACAAAGCCUUACAACAUUUACAGACUUUUUUUUUUUAAAGAUGCAUUAUCAAAAUGAGACAAUCUGUAGCUGUUGACAUGUACAUCAGAAAUACUCUCAGGCCCUGUGAGGAGGGACAAAUCCUUGAGUGUCUUUUUGAAGUGUUUGGUGUGUAUUAGUUGCCUUCAUAGCAGCAUCAUUAGCACACUGCGACAUAGUGCCCCCAGUAGCCACACCCUGCAGCCAAUGUGUUGUGAUUGUGCAUACAUAUAUAACUACAUCAAUCUCUUUAUACACUUGCGCCUACAGCCACUUGUGGGUUUAUGCAGGAUGUCACACUGGAUUGCUUUACCUGUAAUCAGUUACAUUUCCACAUUUUUUGUUGGAGACAUCUGAGCUUUAGUUAUGUCAUGCUGAAGCCCUUUACCAUCAAGCGUAGGGUUGGAAGUUCAAGAGGAAGGUGCUGUUCUGCACGGCCAGAAGGAGUAGCCAUGCUCCAGUGGAAGACAAGCAAAUGAGCCCCUUCACGCCUGUAGGCUGAGCAGAGCGGGCUUAUGAACUACACUUCAUCAAUGACUGAAUUCAGGCACUGCCUGACACCACUUGGGGGGUGGGGGUGCAUAGGAUGGACUUUAUAUAAAUAUGUCGCAGUUUUUGCUGAGUGCCCUGUAGCGGCCAGGGUUGAAAAACUGACUGGUGGGAUGCGAUUAUCCCCACAGCCACGAACCAAGGUGAUGGGGAAAGGGAGACAAAAAGGGACAUGCCAGAUAGUGUCCAGUACAUCCAGGUGAGCUGACGGAUUGUACUGUGUGCCAUUUCCGAGCCACCAGUUCCCCUAGAGGACUCUUGUGCCACACAGUAUAUUUCAAGUGGUAUAAUUUGCCUCACUGUUUUGCCAUCUUUUUCCUUUUUUUUUUUAAAGCUUCAUCAUUCUGCUCUUAAUCCAAACAGUUCCAUGAAAUCUGUGUUGACUAGCAGGUGACAAGCAAAACUCUGCAAUUCUGCACUGAUUGUAAUGAGCUAUUAAGAUUUUCAUAUAUAAAGGUUACCCUUGAACCUUAGAGCUGGUUUUGCACUGGUACAUGGAGAAGGCACCACUAUAAAUAAAAUACCUCAUUUUAUAUGUACAAAAUGCACAGGAGUACCUUGAAUUGAUCAGAUUGAAGGAUAAUCAGUAGAGACUCAUGGGCUUGCCCAUGUAAAUUAGCCUGGGGGCUUGUGGGAGGAAUAAUCAAGAAGUGAUGCAAUGUUUAACACUAAGGAUUCUGGUCAAGGGCUGAUUUGAAAUAUGUUAAUUUAUGCCAAGGUCAAGUAGUGCAUAUUUCACUAAACGCAUAGUUGGAAGUAGUACUGCACAUUCCUUGAAGGAGUUUGAACGCACUUACUGAUGCAGACAACUAAAGACAUCCGUCUUAACUGUAGUAAAGCAUCUGGAAGUAAAUAUGCCACAGCUAUCUGUUACACAAAAACAUCUUGAGUUUAUUUUGAAUUUGCUUGAUGCGUUUGGUGCAUUUCCAUUGUAUUCACCUCAGAUACUAAUUGAUGUUACCAUUUUUUUGUGCUGCAUGAUAAUUAGUGCUGAAUGCAACUUUAGGGAUUGCAAAUAUCCCAUAAAUCUCCCAAUCUUUGUAUGCCUACCUGCACACAAAGCAAUGUUAUUUGUUGACAAAAGGAAACAAAUUGUGGAAAGCUCUGCCUAUCAUACUCUUGUGAUCAAGGUUCAAAUUUGUCUAAGUGACCAAAUGUAGCCUCUAAUACAAUGUUACAGAAAUGGUAGACCCAGGUCAUUCUUGGAGUGUUGCUCCUAGCACUUGCAUUCAGUUUGUGGAGAAAAAUGCCUUUGACGAAGGAAAAUUAGCCUGAUGACAUUAAAAUAUCUGGACAGUAAAACCACUGUCAUUCAUUUUGUUGCAAGACAAGUUAUAUACACACACAGACGGACAGGUUGUAGUCUGUAAAGCAGUUUCACGUACACUGCUAUUCAGUUUAAGUUGCUGUGGAGAAGAGCAUCACCUACCAUA